AAACAUUGGAAUCCUACCAUUAUUUUUGCCAUUAUUCGAUAGGAUAUUGAAAGGUUUAAAAAUCACAGGGUUUUUUUUCGAUCUUGAGUCUAAUCCUUUCUUAAACGUGAAAAAAAAAACCCUAGAAAAUAAGUAUUUGCUCAGAGCAGUUUUUAAUGAUAACAACUAGAUAACUAGCUUGGGAAGCAGGGAUGGUGUAGUGAUGAGAGCGUUCGCCUCCCACCAUGCCAAAUGGCUCGAGUUCGAUUCUGGCCUGGUGUUGCAUGGGCUGAGUUUGUCGUUGGUUUUCGCCUUGCUUCGAGGGUUUUUCUCCGGGUUCUCCGGUUUUCCUCCCUCAGACAAAAACCAACAAACCAACACUCCAAAUUCCAAUUCGACCAGGAUAGAGGACCAGCUAAGGCUUCUCUAAACAUUAUACUUUAUUUAUUUUUACGCUCUAUGGCCAACUUCCUCUAUUAUUUUGCUUGAUAUACUGUUCGGAUCAUUUUUGAAUCCCUUCAAGUCUUGCAAAGGUAAAAGUUCAAAAAACAAGUUUACGCUACCGCCUACCUCAACAAAAUUUCAUCUCUGAUGUAUGCAUUUACCUACCUACCUAGUAAGAUGUUUAUUGCGACUCGUUUGCUCACAGCGGGUUUGAUUCUCUCGCUACUUUGAGUACUAGCAGCGCGUAAUACCGAUUCAAAAUACACAGUUGUGUAGCAGUUACUCAGCUGAUCAGGAAUCAAGAUCUAAAUGACCCUUGGUGAGUGAAGCAAUGUUAAACUCCAAAGAAACAAAUAAUUUUGACUUCCUAUUGCUCGCUUUAGUUGCGAAGAGCUACAACCGUGACAAUGGUGCUGCAUGUUGAAUUUUGUUGUCGUUCGUUUGUCUGAAGCCCUCCUCCCCCUGCUGGAUUUCCUGCUUUCUCAACUAUAUAUUUUCAAAAAGCUAAUAUGCUUUCUUCUUGUUAAGUGCUCAUUGAACAGUACUUGAAAAUUCACACUGAUUUCAAUGAUUGUUUUAGUCUCGGCCUGGGUUGGAAAAAUGCCUGAUACCACUGAAGAUGAUUAUUUUAAAGUCUAAUUAAUCAUCGCUAGCGAAGCAGAGCGGCUUUUGUGUGUCACUGGACGUUUUGAACUGCGAAUACGCAUCUCAAAUAUUUCCAUAAGAAAACACUAACAGCUCCAAGUUCUGUUUGCUGUAAAGGACGUUAAAACGUAUUCCCGGCGCGGGAGAAGUAAGCGAGACUCCGUCAAAGACAGCUGGCAAGUCAUAUGAGAUAGACAUUGAACGAUGGCAAAACUGGCUUUGAUGGUGAUUUUUACGAUGCUGGCAGAGAAAGGCAUCCUGGUAAAAGGAAAUUGCUUUGAUAAUAUAAUCAGUGAUGUUACAUACGAAGCUACGUCAACCGAUCCAGGUCACUCACCAAGAGACGCGGUUUUAGAUAAUGACAGAGCCUGGUGCACUAGUCAGCCUCCACCCAACGAGUAUCUCGAAGUGUAUUUAGGCCAUCUUUAUGACGUGUGUGGGAUCGUAAUUCAAGGCUUCAAGAACGAUUCGGUAGAUUUCUUUACGACGAACUACAGUCUGUCUUUUUCCAAAAGGAGACCUGCGUGGUCUUUCCUCCUGGACAACGACAAGUCGCCCAAGGAAUUCCCAAUCGCACCCGCCAAUGGUAACAGUUCCAUUGAAAAUGAACUUGUUACUCCUAGAUUAACAUUAGCAGUCCGUAUCCAUCCGAUAGAAACAAACGGCCCGCCCAUGUGCCUCAGAGUUGGUGUGUACGGGACUAAAGUUUUGAACGUGGCAUGUGAUGUGCAUCUUCUGACCAUCACUAUCUCCAAAUCAAGCCUAGGACCAGCGGUGAAGCAACUGUACGUGGGUCAGCGGAUUGAGGGAUGCACGUUUGACGUGGAUCCAAGCACAGAAACGACUUUCAGCAUACAUGUUGACACUUGUGGAACGAAACGAUGGACUCGUGGCAAUUAUUUGUUUUACAAUAACAUUGUGUACGGAAAGGCUGAGAGUGACGGUGACUCGCCGGUGGUUUACUCGGAAGACGUAACAUUCAAUGCGACGUGUGUAUUUAACAGGAACGUAAAUGUCACUGCCGCCUUUUUGCCAAACGCCAAUUUCACCGUUGAUGUGACAGAAUACGGCGAGUUGAACUUUUCAAUGGCUGCGUUCAAAGAUAGUGAACAUAACGAUAAAAUUACAGCGGAUGAUCAGCCAUUAGCCGUUGGAACAAGGUUAUACAUCAAAGUGGAGGUCAGAUCAAGUAAUGAAGAACUGGACUUGCUGUUGGAAAGAUGUUAUGCGACUCCCUCAACUAACAGACAAGAUAACAAUCAGCGACAAUUAAUCGUUGGAGGGUAGGAAUAGCAGUACCUCCUGAGGAAGUCCUCUUGCGCAGACGCUCUUUAGGCUCGUCGUGCAAUCUUACUAUCCCACGGGGGAAAAGGAAGAUUGCGUGACGCCCAAACAGCCUCUACGUACGAGGCUACAGAGUUUCCGGAAAAAAAUGACAUUCGAACUGCGGAUAAAAGAUUUAGAGACUAAAAGUUCGCAGUUUUCCCGUUCGCAGUUUUGCUCUUUUCAGGGCAAAUUUGCCCAUUGUUCUUCAUAUCAAGCGGUCCGUUGUUCGAGCCCUGGGACCCAUUUCUCGAAAGCCCCGGAAACCUUUCGGGCCCGUAAAGCCAUUUUUAGGCCAUCCGAGAAGUGUAUGCACCUGAAACUUCUUGUAAAACUUCUUCUGUUAAUCCAGUUGAUUGAGGAAGAGAAACUGCUUCAUCCUGCUGACGUAUAACUCC